GUGUCUCUGUCUCUGUCUGCAGUCUGGAUCACUACAGCCACAUGAGUGACGUCCAGACUCUGGCCAUGCUGUGCAGUGUGUUCAGAGCUCAGCCCCCCGCAGACAUUUACUCUCUGUACGGACAUCACCCCUCUCGAUCCUCCGUCUUCCCCCCUCACCACUCUCGAUAUCCCAGCAUCACGUCCAGCUCCAGCACCUCCGACUCCGUCGCUGCGGGCACCUGGAGCUCAGGUAGAGACUGUGAGCAGGUCAACCCGUGGGCCGAGUCCUCUCCGGACGACCACCGCUGUGGCCCCCAGGGCCCGAGCGACCCCCGGGAACGAGAGCGAGAGCAGCACGACAUGAACAAGAG